UCUGCACAUACAAAAUUUGAUCAAGCAAAAUGAGGAAUCUAAUAGUUUAUACACUAGUGCUCCUUUCAUUGCAAUCUCGAGAAAUUACCAGUUUGUCCUCCCUUUCACCUCAUUUGUGUCACCAUGAUGAGGGUCUUGCUCUACUUCAGCUUAAGCAAAUGUUUCAAACAUCAACAGAUGCUUCUGCCUACUGCGAAUAUGCAUAUCCAAAGAUGAUAUCAUGGAACAAAACUUCUGAUUGCUGCACCUGGGAUGGGGUAACAUGCCAUAGAGUUACAGGCCAUGUAAUUGGCAUAGACCUUAAUUGCAGCCAACUUCAAGGAUCCAUCCAUGCUAAUAGUAGCCUGUUCAAUCUUUCUCGCCUCCAAAAGCUUAAUCUAGCUUACAACGACUUCAAGAAUUCACCAAUUUCUCAUGGCAUUGGUGGCUUGACUAGUUUAACAAACCUCAAUCUCUCCAAUUCCAAUUUCUACGGUCAAAUUCCAUCCCAAAUAUCUUUACUGUCAAAUUUAGUUUCACUCGAUCUCUCCCAAAAUCCUAUUGAGUUUGAACAUCAGGAUUUCCAACUGCUUCUUCAAAACAUAACUCAGGUUAGAAUACUCUCUCUUUCUAACGUUAGUAUCUUCUCCGAGUUCCCCAAGAACUUUUCUUCAUCUUUGACAAUUGUGGAUCUGGGUCAAACUCAAGUUUAUGGUAAGCUACCAGACCAUAUUUUCUCUCUAGCAAAAUUGCAACAACUCAUACUAGAUGGAACUCAAGUCACUGGAAGUUUACCGAACUUUAACUGCACUGCUUCAUAUAUGUUGUCAUACUUAGAUCUUGCUGACACAAAUUUUUCUGGGGAACUUCCCAACACAUUUGGCUGCUUGAAGUUCUUGAACAGCAUGUUGCUCGAUGGAUGUCAGUUCACUGGUCGCCUUCCUGAGUCAAUUGGAAACCUUUCUCAGCUCACUACAAUGUCUCUGACUCAUAACAGUUUCAGUGGGCCUCUUCCAUCGGUGAUCUCAAAUCUUGUCCAACUGGAAGUUUUAGACCUUACAGGCAACCAAGUGCAAGGCCAAAUACCAGAUUGUUUCACAAAUCUCCAAAAACUAACUCAAUUGUCAUUGCCAGACAACCGUUUGGUUGGCCCUUUCCCAUUCACCAUUGCGAACCUUACCAAUCUCCAGACACUGGAUCUACGAUCCAAUUCGAUAACUGGUCCUCUUCCAUCAAACGUGAGUGGCCUUCAGGGAUUGUCUUUUCUAUAUCUUUCAAACAACUCGCUCCAUGGCACAGCACCGACAUGGUUAUUUAGCCUGCAGUUACUCACAACUUUGCUUCUCAAAAACAAUCUCCUAACAGGACAAAUCGAAGAGCUCAAUGGAAUGUCACUGAUGAAAAUUGAUUUGAGUAAUAACCAAUUAUAUGGUCAAAUUCCUAAAUCAAUUUCAACACUCCCAUUUUUAGGUUUCCUUGACCUCUCAUCAAAUAAUUUGAGUGGCGUGCUUGAACUAUCCAGUGAUAGUCUUGAGUACCUUGUUCUCUCUAAUAAUCGAAUAUCAUGGAGCACCAGCGGGAAUGUCAGCAACUCUUUACCAAACCUUCAUCGUUUGGAGCUAUCUUCUUGCGAGAUGAAGGCUUUUCCAGAAUUUCUCAGAAGCUCAAAGAAGUUAGAAGUUCUACAGCUCGCUGGCAAUAAGAUUCAAGGUCAGAUUCCCAGCUGGGUGACAUCCAUGCCUUGGGAUUCACUUCUGUAUCUAAAUCUAUCUUACAACCACCUUUCUGGGAUGGAUGCAUUACCUUGGAAGAAUCUAAGGGUUCUAGAUGUUCGAUUCAACCAAAUCCAAGGACAAUUGCCUCUUUUCAUUUGCAAUUUGAAAGCUCUAGCAAUUCUUGAUUUGUCAAGGAACAAAUUUACUGGUGCAAUUCCUCGGUGUUUUGGGAACUUUUCUAGUCAACUUGUGGUCUUGAAUUUGGAAGGAAAUCGCCUGCAAAGGACCAUUAAUUCAAUGGUAUUUGCAAAAGAUAGCAGAUUGAGGUAUCUUGGUCUGAAUACAAAUUUCUUGGAAGGGCCGCUGCCAGAAACUUUGGCCAACUGCAAGUACUUAGAAGUCCUUGAUGUGGGGAACAACCGUCUGAAAGAUAUAUUUCCAGCAUGGUUACAAAAUCUUACGGAGCUCCAAGUUCUUGUGUUGAGUUAUAACAGAUUCUUUGGACCCAUUAGCAUUUUCAAGGCUAAGAGCCCAUUCCAAAAGUUGCAAAUCUUCGCCCUCUCUUGCAAUGAGUUCAGUGGUGUUCUAUCUACAGAACUUUUGGAAAGCUUCAGGGCCAUGAUGAGCUUACAAAGCAACAAAUCAGAAUCUAAAUACUUGCAUGCAACCGGCAAUACGACAAAUUAUCCAUACUCUGUCAACAUGACAUCCAAAGGCUAUGAGAUUGAGUUCACCAAAAUCAUUAGAACUCUCACAACCAUUGAUCUGUCGAGCAACAUGUUUCAUGGGAGGAUCCCAGAUGUCAUUGGAAAUCUCUACUCCCUCAAGUUGUUGAACUUAUCCAACAAUAACUUUUCUGGCCACAUUCCACCAGCUAUUGGGAACCUGAAAUUUCUUGAAACAUUAGACCUUUCAAGAAACCAAAUUGGAGGAGAGAUUCCAAUGCAGCUAACGAAUCUCACAUCUCUUGAAGUCCUAAACUUAUCAUGCAAUCAUCUUAUUGGGCGCAUUCCUCAAGGCAAUCAAUUGCGCACACUUGGUGAAGAUUCAUACAGCGGAAACUCAGGAUUAUGUGGAUUCCCACUAACAAAAAGCUGUGAAGAAAUGCAUGUGCCACAAGCGCCCCCAGAUGAGGCAUUGGAACAAGGCGAGGAUUCGAGUUUCAUGGGUGGAUUUACCUGGAAAUCAGUGUUCAUAGGAUAUGGUUGUGGACUUGUUCUUGGCAUAGCUUCUGGUCUUCUAAUGUUUGUUACUGGAAAACCAAGAAGAUUGGUAAGAUUCAUUGAAGAAGAAGCAUAUAGUAAUAGUGUACUCUUGUUUGGAAAGAGAAAAACUGUAUAAUCAGCUGGAAAAACCAAAAACAUGUCACAAGCGCAUGGAAGAAGAAACUAAAUAUCCUGAUUAAUGAGGUGGAGAAAUUUGGGAAAGGGAACUUUUCAUUCCACGUUAGAUGUCUGAAGUAUUUGUGUCAGACCAAUUAAUCUUUCACGGUUCUUCAAGUGCUGUCUAUUGAAAAUCUAGAAUAUCUUUUUUGUACAGCUAUAAAUUCUAUGUAUAUCCCAUGAUUUCUGCUCUAUUUUAGGAUAGAAUAAUUUACUCCUAAUGUAUUUUAGGAUAGAAUAAAUUAGCUCCUCAUUUCUAGGAGAUUACAGAUUUCAUAAAAUUAACAAAAGUCAAAUUCCAUUUGUAUAAAUGUUGUACAGAGUCUAGAACAAAAUAGAACAAUUCAGUUUUCUUUUUGUUCAUGGUAUCAGAG